CUUACUGGGCUUAGAAGAGGGGUGGGCCGAAACGCUGCAACUCGGACCUCACCUGGUCUUGCUGCAGCAGCUGGAGCACUGGGCUGCGGAGAGUGGGGCCACCUCUGGACGUCGAAUCGUGGUGGUGAGCAGAGGUGGGGAAAGCAAAGACAUAAUGUCAAGUGGAGAUGAUGAGCAAUCACAGGCUCUUGCCAAACCAACUUUCACUGAGGUACAAGCUUCUGCGGUAGUUGAAUCGGUAUUUGGGUUAAAAGUUUCUAAGAUCCAACCACUUCCCAGUUAUGAUGACCAAAACUUUCACGUUCACAUUUCAAAAAUUAAAGAUACUACAGAUGGCCCAAUUGAAUAUGUUCUCAAAAUAAGCAACACAGAAGCCAGCAAAAAUCCAGACCUGAUUGAAGUGCAGAAUCACAUCAUCAUGUUUCUGAAAGCAGCUGGAUUUCCAACGGCCUCCGUGUGUCGCACUAAAGGAGACAACACAACCUCUCUUAUGUCUGUAGAUAGUGGCACUGAAAUCAAAAGCUACUUGGUGAGGCUACUGACUUACCUCCCGGGAAAACCUAUUGCUAAGAUUCCUGUCAGCUCCCAGCUGUUAUAUGAAAUUGGAAGGCUAGCUGCCAAAUUGGACAAGGCUUUGGAGAAAUUCCAUCACCCAAAGUUAAGUAAUCUUCAUCGGGAGAACUUCAUCUGGAAUCUGAAAAACAUUCCUCUUCUGGAGAAAUAUGUGGAUGCCUUGGGCCAGAAUCGAAAUCGGGAGAUUGUUGAGCAGGUCAUUCAGCUGUUCAAGAAAGAAGUAAUGACCAAAUUAAGUCAUUUUCGAGAAUGUAUCAAUCAUGGCGAUCUUAACGACCAUAACAUUUUAGUAGAGUCCAGCAAUUCAGCCUUUGGAGAUGCUGUAUAUCAAGUAUCUGGGAUUUUAGACUUUGGAGACAUGAGCUAUGGCUACUAUGUGUUUGAAGUGGCAAUCACCAUCAUGUACAUGAUGAUUGAAAGCAAGAAUCCUAUACAAGUAGGAGGUCACGUUCUUGCAGGGUUUGAAAGUAUAAUCCCACUGACAGCUGUGGAGAGGAGUGCUUUGUUUUUACUUGUAUGUAGUCGCUUUUGUCAGUCACUUGUCAUGGCUACAUACUCUUGCCAACUACACCCAGAGAAUAAAGAGUAUCUCAUGAUUACUGCAAAAACUGGGUGGAAACAUUUACAGCAAAUGUUUGACAUGGGCCAGAAAGCAGUAGAAGAAAUCUGGUUUGAAACUGCCAAGUCCUAUGAAUCUGGGAUCUCUUUGUGACUACAUAAUUAAAAAUGAAUUGAUCUGUUAAUUAAUUGAUGGAACGGAUCAGUUCACUUUUAACUAUGUGCAUUUGUAGUGUGUGUGUGUGUGUGUGUGUG